UGAAAAAAAAAGUCAAAUUCAGUUGAUUUAAUUGACAGUAUUGACACAACACAACAACAAUCAAAAUGUCACUCAAAUCAAAUCGCUCGCAAAUAUUUGUAGAUUAGAUAGGUAGCUACUAGACUAGCGAAGCAAAUAAAUUUUUAAGGAUUUUCUUUGAAUAAGAGGGAUUAAAACAUAAAACAUUUUUCGGAAAUAUUACAAAUAACAUUUAACAGAAACUAUCGAUCUGAUCCUUACAAAAUCAAUAUAACUAUUUCGAGAUGAGCGUCGACAAAGAAGAUGGAUCAAGCGUAUCAGAUAUUUCAAAGAUAGAUAGUGAGAAAGAAAACGGCGAAAGUGGAAAGACUGAUAAAGUAAAAAUUGAUAUACUGCUGAAAGCUACAGGUGAUGCACCCAUUAUGAAGAAAAAGAAAUGGGCAGUUGAUGCAGAGAAACAGAUUGGGUGGAUCAUGGAGUUCGUAAAGAAAUAUUUGAAGUUGGAACCUGAUGAAAAACUGUUUCUAUAUGUGAAUCAGACAUUUGCACCAUCUCCAGACCAAAUGGUGAAGAAUUUGUAUGAGUGUUUCGGGACUGAUGGCAAAUUGGUAUUGAACUACUGCAAGAGCCAGGCAUGGGGCUGACUUCUGACGGUUCCUGGAGAAAUAAUGUAGCACAAUAAUAUUAUAAAUGCAAAAGUUUGUGAGGAUGUAUGUGUAUAGGUUUGAUACUCUUUCAGACAAAAUCUACUGGACCGAUUGUUAUGAAAUUUGAUAAACGGGUAGAAUAUAACCUGGAAUACCACAUAGGGUACUUUUUAUCCUUGUACCCUGGUUGUUGAAAGAACUGACGAUGUUUGGAACCAGAGUUACUUUUUUCCAUUAAAAUCAGUAUAGUCCAAUAAAGAAUUAUGAUUUUUCUAUAACAUUGUGUGACAAUUGUAUGGUGCCAAUUUGCAAACUAGGCAAUAAGGGAACUAAAUAAAAUAAUUUUUUAGUCUGUUGAUGUGUCCCAAUGGUCAGUAAAGGCCUCCCCUUCCUUAAAUAAACUCAUUUAUUCAUUAAAAAAUUUGAGCAUUCUGGUUUCAGCUGCUCUUUCAUAAACUUUUAUAAUUAAGUUCCUAGUUAUAUUCUGUUUGUAGUUUAGUUUUAUAAAAAUAAAUGGAUCAUUAGCAACAAGCUCUGCAGCCCUAUGUCGCAACAAGUCCCAAAUAUUGGAUACAAAGUAUUUAUAAACAAAUCAAUGUGAUACUCAACAACAGCAUAUUAUAAUAUGAUUCAAUAUCAUUUAUUUUUCAACCAUUUCUGUAUUUUUACCCGACAACAAGGGAAGGGUAAUGUGUUUUUCACAUAAGUAUCUUGUGUGUAUGUAAAGUUCGACAGAUUUCCUUGGGCAUAUUGUUAGAAUCAUCUUGACCACUAAGUUUUCUUAUGUUAUAAGAAACCAAGGUGGUGGCUGUGAGAUGUGGAAAGUAAAUAUAUUUCCGUAAUAUGAUAUGCUGUGGCAUGUAAUUUUGUAAAUAGUGACAUGUGAGUUAUUUUAAGCUAUAAAAUAUAUAUGUGUAAGUCAAUGA